AUGCCCGCCCCAGGGCCACGAAUCCCCGUACCAAAUGCAAAAUUACAACAACAACGAAAUAUUCUACGAAAGUUAGAUGAUGAGCGACUUUCCCGAUUGAGAGACUUGAAGAGCAUUGAAGAAAGAAUUUCCAGAAAAACCCAAAAACUUGAGGACAUUGAGUUUCCAUAUCAUCAAGAUGCAGAACAUCUCCCUGAGAGAAUAAAUCAAUUGAGAAUGGCAGAGGACUAUCCAGAAAUCGAAGAUCAUGGUAGUGUACCGCUAAAGUAUGCCCCGGGUGACAAGCGAUUUAAACCCUAUUUUGUGGAGAAGUAUCAAGUACCAAGCAGGAAUAACGACCUGGCAAGAAUGGUCGAUAUUGACGUGCAAGAUUUUAUGGAAAGGGAGUUGGAUACUGGCGACGAUCUUUGGGAUCUGGUUGUUGUAUCAGGACUCACCUCGUCGCCCUUGUCCAGGAAUCAGCCUCCUCCCUUAGCCGUCACGGUGGGCGAGUAUUUCUGUGGCAACCUUGUAGAUCCCAAGUCCGUGGUCGAACAUAACAAGCUACCAGAUCCUGGUACUACUGCGCACAACUCCUUCAAGGACAAGCGAAAGAAGAGCUGGACCGUGACACCCGAAAAUCAAUGGACAGACACAUGCACAUUACAAGACUUCGACAAGUCACCUCGAUCUGCACCUUAUUGGGAGUGCAUAAUUAGUGGCAUCGAAUACGAGGUUGUUGAGACCGGAGGUGUUGUUCUCUAUGGACAAAAGUUGGUAGUCUAUGCGGUUCUCCGAGAGAAUAACUAUGUGCAGUGUCACUUCAUACCAUGUGAGGACACAUCAGUCAUUAGGAACACACAAUGGGAUACCCAAUCAUUUUCUGGGCCUCUGAGCGAGCCAGAGAUUAUCCUGGGAUCCGACUGCGUUGAUUUCUCCAGCCUCAAACUCAGCUACUCUAGUGCGCAGCCAAUGAAGCAGAUGCUCAUCAAAGACAGCAUCACGAUUGGGGGCGCCAUUUCCCUUCCAAAGGUGUUAACUCUGAACGGCGCAUACAAUUUCAAGAUAGCGAAAACCCGUAAAAAUCUGUAUAUGAAGAACUUUGAAGGCAAUCUGCACCGAUUGAUCAAUUCUCCAGUCAUUCUCUACAGUCCUGCAGAGAAGCGAGCAUGGAUGGUUUCGUUUGUCAGUGUCGCUCUGCAUGUAGCACCACACAGGGCCUGGCUGCAGCGCGAGCUUGAGUUUCGAAUUCCGAGGUGCGCGUCCACAGCCGACGGAGGACGAGCUGCCUUUAGAACCAUCCGCGACAAUUACAAAUCUCCACUGAAGGCUCCCAUGGAGAACGAGGAACUAAGCGAAGAUGAGAGAAGUCUGACUAUCAGGGACUAUAUGGAAGAUGUUCUAGCUUCGCUUGACGUUGCUCGACGCGAGUCCUUUAGAGCAAGAGGUAUAUUCCGCGAGAGGAUCUUAGGAUUCGAGCUCGCAGAUAUUGUGAAGAUGAAGGAACAUAUAACCAUGAGAAGACGCAAUCUUGAUGCAGUCGCUACUGGCUGGGCACCCCUAUUGGAUGCCGUCAGUAUCGUCCUCUUCUAUGAUGGAUUAUCUGAUCCCAUCGUUCCAUCUACUCGAUCCCAACACAGUCAAGAAAUUUCAGGCUACUGUGGCCAGACAAUGUGGCGAAGUGUGCCCGAAGGCUACAAUAUCUUGACUGCAUCCUGGCCAUGCCUAGACUACAUGAGCGAGCACCUUAACAGGGGACCAAACAUACGUCGCUUGAUCUAUGAUUACUGUUGGCGUGCUCCAAACCGAAGGCUAUUUGACUUAUGUACAAGACAAAGACACCAUAUUUGCAACCGCCUUCAAGAGUUGAGACCGGAUGGUCUUGACAUCGCCAGUCCAACAUUAACGGAUGAAAACAGGAGGACCGCCGCUGUGGCUUUCAAGUUUUCCACUGACGUUCAGACAAUUCAAGACAAUCAGAGUUCCGUGGAAGUUGACCCUAAUCCAACACCUCUCGCGGCACCUCCUAGAACUCCUCCGACACCCGCAGCGCCUGUACAGAAUCCAGGGACAGGAGGAAUAGACGGAGCCUUGCUUGAUCCUCCGGACAACUUAAGAUUAGGCCGCCCCCACCUAGGUCGUCAAGGACUUUUAAGAGAUGUCCCAGUGGCUGCUGUCCGAGCUGAGAGUAGACCAAAUGAGCUGGGAGGACAAUUGCAUCGUGGAGGGCAUCAUAACGUCACUUCUCGACGGCCGCGAAGUACAAAUCAAGAGCACCGGAGAGGGGAACGUCGAACAGUGCGAAGUGGCAACGUGAGGGCCGGGCUGGUCCGGGUCCACGUAUCCAUCGCAAGUGACUACCAAGUGACGAAUGCCGUUAUAGUUCCGGCCAAGAAAAGCAUCAACUGA